UGGAAUUCACUCCCUGAACAGCAGGGAAUGUUUAUUUAAAGAACCAAUGGACUGGGAGGGGUGAGCAGGAGGGGGAAAGCAGUGGGCUGGGAAUGAUCCCCGGUUUCACCUUCGGCUCCCUCCUCCGAUGCUGCGGGAGCUGAGCUGAAAGCUCUCUUCCCGGAGUGUUACUUGGCAACAUCCUGAUCAAUCUGUGGCAAGAGGGGCGCUCUAUUUCCCUUCCUUUCUCCUCCCAACAGGCUGGGGGGUGAGGAGGGAGAGAGGGAGAAAAAGAGGGGGAGAGAGGCAGACUCCAGUGACAGCGAUUGCAAAAGUCAGAGGUAGCUGGGGAGCCGAGGAUUUGCGGGAGUCGCUGCGCCAGAGGCCCGGGGGCGGCAUUUGGAAGCUUCGGGAGAGGAGAAGGAGGACGUCGUUGGAGCCUCGCUCCUUGCUCGCCUCCUGACCAGUCUCACAGCGCCCGCGCUGCUGGGUACCAUGGGGUCCUGGCCCCCCGCGAAGCUGCUCUGCCUGAGCGUGCUCGGGCACCUGGUGUCCCUGCUGGCAGGACAACAUUUUAGCAUGAGUAAGUGCACCCAUGAAUGUCCCCCAUUGAACAGAGAUAUGCCCCAAAUUCCAAAUCAUCGCCUAAAGAAUUACACUGCAACAUCGCCGUCUUGCCGCCCCAAAGCUAUCAUAUUCUUUACUGCAAGGAACAAAAUCAUAUGUGCUGACCCGGAUGUGAAAUGGGUACAAGAAGCAGUUCGGUUUCUGGAUGAAAGUGCUGCUGCUCAGAAAAUGACCCAAGGAAAGGAGGAUAGAGGCAAAUUUGAAAAAUUAAUGGGAGUAACUGGGCCCCCAACCACCCAAGUCAAUGGCGGAGAGAGCACUGUUCCAGCUACUACCUUGGCUCCAGAAGCUGCCAAUACCCCUGUCUCAACAACCGUCAGUCCUAGCCCAAGCCCGACGCCUGCCUUCUCGGAGGAAGAAAUGGCCUUGAUGACCUCCCCAGGGCUGCCGGCCAGCAUAGUUAGUUCAUCAGUGUCUUUCUCUGACUCUCUUCUGGUGGGAUCCACCUCAGCCAUGGAGGGGGAAAAGACUCUAGACACUGGAACCGAGACUUCCAGUAUAAAGGCUAUAUCUGCAACGGUGACUCCAAUUCCUGAGAGUUCUGAUUCAGGCCCCCUGGCUAAAGGGGAGAUGUCUGAGGAGAUGCCUACUCUUUCUUACCCUGGGGAGGAAGUUAUGGGACAGUCAGAGGACCACCCUGAGCCCGUGGAGGAGAGCGAUUUUACGACUGAAAAUCCCAUUAUUAGUGAAGAGGCAAGCACUGUUUUAACUCUCACAAACCCCUUCUCCAACCUGGCUACAGAUGUUGCAGAACACUAUUUCCCUGCCUUUAUCCCUGCCUCAGAAAGCCCCAAUCAAGGGCUGGUUUCAAGAACCAGCCUACCUUCCAAAUUUGAAGAGACUGCCCAUGCCACGGUUGAUCCCCAAAGGCUAGAAGUUGCCAUCACAGCCAUCCCAGACUCUCCACAGGCAGCAACCCGAAGGCAGGCUUUUGGCCUAUUGGCCUUCCUGGGUUUCCUCUUUUGCUUAGGGGUGGCCAUGUUUGCCUAUCAGAGCCUCCAGAGCUGCCCUCGUAGGAUGGCGGGAGAAGUGGUCGAGGGGCUCCGUUAUAUUCCAAGGAGCUGUGGGAGUAACUCCUAUGUCCUGGUUCCUGUGUGAUCCUGAGUCCUUCUGUGAGCCUUCUCUGUCUGAGUCCAGACACCAAUCUUUGACUGAGUCAGCCACCCCAUUGCUGCUCUGGCCCUUGCUGGGAGUGCCAGUGGCAUUGCCCCAAACCUGAGUGCCAAUGGCCCUGCCCCAAACCUGAGGCAAGAGCCUCCUCAGCUACCCUGGAAACCACCAAAGGGAAUUAGGGUGAGGGAUACUCCCACUUCCUAGGCACAUUGUAGGAGGCAUGUCCCCGCCUUGGAAGGUGCCCCGAAGCUGGAAAAUCCCUCAUAUGCCGCUGGUCGGUCAGAGGUUCCCCUUGUACCACGUUCUCUCCUCUGAUGAAUAAGUAUUUAUUGAAUGCCUCUGUCCCUCACCCCAUUCACCUCUUCACCACAACACGUGUCCAGUUCUGGGCUUUUGGGUUGGCUGAUUUGCUCUCAGAUAAUAUCAUUUCUCUGUACUCCCUUGGCUACCUGUAUCCUAUGUCACUCAUCCCACUUCCCUGGCUAGCUGAGGUGCUAUUUGACUCAGUCACCUGUACAGAAACCAAAUGCUCUAGCCAGGUUCUCAUUUUUUUGCAUGAGACAAAUGUGGUGUUUCCUGAGGGUGGAUUGGCCCCCCUCAAACCCAGUGAGACAUAGUCAAAAAGAAAAGGAAAGAUUUUUGUCAAGUUGGAUUUUUUGUUGUUGUGAGACUGGGGUAGGGGUAUUACUGUUUGUUGUUGUUGUAGAUUUUAUUUGAUUUUAUUUUAUUUGCCUCCCUGAGGAAUUUGGUCUCUGCGAUUGAAAUCCCUGCUAGCCCUAGGGGCCAGCUUUUCUCCCUACUGAAAGAGGAGUUUGUUUGUGACCCUUGGGAAUGGGAUAGAGGCAAAUAUCAGAUCAGAAACUGAUCCUUGAUUUGAAAGGACCCAGUGGUCAAGGUACAGGACACUCCCUUCCCUGGAAUAGUCAACAACUCCCAGAAGCCUUCUCUCCCUCCCCAUAGUCCAGCAUUUGUAGUCGCUGUUUCCUCUGAGCCUCUUAAACCAAUGUGGGGAGGGUAGAGAAGCUUAGUGGUCUGGCAUUCACUACUUGGUAGCCAGCUGGGAGGUAUCAUGUCCUAGGAAACAAGAAAGAAGUGAAGGAAAGGACCCCCCCCCCCAAAUCUUUCAGUGCUGCUAGAAUUGGACAAGUAUACCUUUGGUGGAUAUUCUCUAAUUUGCCCAGAGAAUCAUAGGUCUAGCUUAAAGCCACACUUCAUCCGUGGCCUGCCCCAGCUCAUUGGUGAAAGAUGGCGGUCCAGUGACCUAAUUAAAGUGAUGAUGAGGGGGUACCAAAGAUCAGAAUUUUUAAUUUGUCUUUCAAGCUCAGACUCCACCAAACUCCCCUCCCUGGUCAUUACUAUGUCCUAAAGUCUCAAUCCAUCUCCCAAAACUAGGAUGUUGGAAGAAUCAAAAUUAUAUCAGUUAUAUAGUUGGAUGGGCAAAGGUCUGGACUAACUGGGCUUUUUCCCCCUAAAUGUCCCUUGCCCAGGUACGCAAAAACAGGUAGAUGUAGGGGAAGCCAUGGGAAGGAGGCCAGCUUUCCAAGGCAAUUGCUGAGUGAUGCCCAAAUUUAUAUACACAUACACAUAUGUAUAUAUAUGUAAUAUACAUUAUAAUAUAUAUGUUUUUUAAACUGAUCCUGUCCUGGUCAGUUUGCAUCUUCUGAAAGGCCCGGAAUGGACCCAUGGCCCUCUUUCACUAUAGUUCUUUACACCAAUUCCAUGGAAUCUCUUGCAGUUCUCACCCUGUAUUUGCUCUCAAAAAAGGCUCUUAGUCUUCUCCUCCUUGGACUUCAGAAACUGUCAUCUUUCUCUAAGGUUAGAGGCAAAGCUCUCCUACUUGGAUACAAUUUGAUUCUGUGAAAAAGAAACACACAUCUCUUAAUUUUGAUUUGGGGUGGUCCUUGUUCUGAGUCAAGGAAACAACUUGGAUCUAUUAGGUCUAAGCCUCAAGAAGGAAAGUCUUCCAGGGAAAAGCAAGUAGAGCAGAUGGUGUACGUUUUGGGGGAAGGGAGUAGAAAAAGAACUCAAAGCCAUUUUGAGCGAAUUUAUUCCAGAUUCUCUGGAAGUAAAAUGGCUGCUGAACCUUGGUGGGAAGCAUGCUGAGACCUGAGAAAUGAGUUCUCAUGUCUUCUAAGGAAAGUGGGGGUGUUAGGAGUAGUAGAAGGAAAUUCUAAGCGCAGCUAAUCCCCAACCUGGGGAUGAUACACACACAACUUCCCCUUAACCAACAGAUAGUGAAUAAAGAUGCUAUCCAUUCCAGAGGGAUGAUGCACUGACAGGCAUUGGCUCCUCUACUCUCCUCAUCACUCAUUGCCAGUGUCUGUAACAUUUUGUAUUUUAGUAAGAAAAAGAAGCAUUAAAAGUCCUGUGAAAUAA